AUGGCGUUGCAAAGCAACCUUUUAUCACCAAAAGAGUCAUUUGACUGGGCUGAAGAUGUUGAGAACAGCGCGCAAGGGCGAGAACAGAAGAAUCUAUUUCCUCAUGCCGAUUUCAUUGGGGACAAAGAGAUCUCUCAGUGGGACAGAGGUUCGAGAACCCAUCCAGAACCUGCAUCUAGCUACGCAGGACCUUCCACGCGACGAGGUGACCACCAACAUCAGCAGUAUAUCUGCUGGGAUGGAAAUCCAGAGAGCCUCCACAACAUCCCAAACUCCCGCGAAUCUGAGAUUGAAAAUUCAACUUUCUCUACAAUCCCUUCUCCAAACAUCGAUUCAUCAUCCCAGAAAACUAAAUUCCUGGAUAAUGAGACUGUCACCAAUAGAGGCACACAGGAUAGCACCCUGUCGAUGUUCUGGACAGCCCACCAUGAAUUUGCCUACCGACAAGGCAUUACCAACGAAGACCUCAAUUUCCACCAUUUCAACUGGCAAUGUAGACCUGUCUACUAUGAAAAUGCCACCACGGCCUCCGAGUCACUUGCGGUCAUCUUUGCUGGGGCCAAACCUCCUUAUCCCAAGGGAAACAUGCGAAUCCAAUCAAUAAUGAACCGGGCCAAUCAACUCAUUGACCCAGUGGUGGUUGAUCUUAAAGAGAUGCAAGAAGGUCUGCUGAAUGAGCGUGGCUCAAAACUUCAACAUGCGGCAAAAAGUUGUACCUUCAAAUUCUAUACACCCCAUGGAAAAUGGAUGUAUGAAACGACACACGCGAUCGACAAAAUUGCCUUGGAUGAUGGUAAAAUCGAAACCUAUACUUCACCCCACUUGGCUAUUGGGAAUGGCUUUAUCAAAUCUAGCUUGAUACCCACCCAUACAACCUGGCAGGGAGCUCCUGGACCGGCUAUUACUCCUCCUAAAAGGCCCAAGUGGCAGCCUGAACCAUCUCCAUUGAGACGUUUAAUGACAAUGAAUGAGUUUAUUACCGAGGGAAUGAGUUACAAACAAGUAUCCUGGACUCAGUCCGGUAAGAACGCUGAAGUGGUCCCUGUGACAGAAACAUUUCUCAUGGACACAAGCAUGGACCCUGAUACCUACUACUCAUUUCCGGCUUUCGGUUCGUUAUCGUGA